AUGUCUAAGUUAAUACCAGCAGCGGCUAUUGCCUGGAUAAUAUGGGCGAUUGGAAUCAGCAUCUACCGCCUGCUCUUCCACCCGCUGGCAAAGUACCCAGGCCCUCGCUUGGCAGCUAUAACAAAUUGGUAUACCGCCUUUUAUGCUUGGAGGGGAGAUCUUCAUCUUCAAAAUCGGAAACUGCAUCAGAAAUAUGGUAGGUUUCUUCUCUCAUCUUCUACCUCAAAUGCUAACACCUGCUCAGGAGAUAUCGUACGAUAUGGUCCCAACAGUUUGGACUUCAACACCCACUCGGGAAUGAACGCAAUAUACGGCACUCGAGCCAACGUUCGCAAAGCUGACACUUAUGCUGUCAUGAGUGCCAGUCGACGAACCCCUAAUACUAUCUCCGCUACCGAUAAGACUGUUCAUGGGUUCAAGCGUCGGAUCAUGUCCCAGACUUUCUCAGACCACGGCCUACGCAACGUCGAAGAGCGCUUAAUGGCUCGAAUCGACGAUUUCAUCACACCACUUGCAGAUGGCUCUCAGCCCGGCUCCCAUGGCACACAGGAUGGUUGGGGAAGUCCAAGGAACAUGGCUUUGAUGUGCAAUUGGUUGGCAUUUGAUAUCAUCAGUGAUCUUAGCUUUGGUGAGCAUUUCAACAUGUUAAAGUCGCCAGAGCUACGCUGGUUCCCGUCGGUGAUAACAAAGGCAUCUCAUAGAAUGGUGAUUGGCAUGAUACAACCCAAGUUCUUCAACUUCAGAAUAGAUCGACUGUUCAUGGCACCUCAGCUAAAAGAUAUCUUAAACGCCAGCGAAUGGAUUCGGAAACGAUCACAGUCCCGGGCCUUCUUGGGCAAUGACAUCAAACAAAAAGACUUGAUCUACAAUAUGAUGAAUGCCACUGACCCCAAAACGGGCCAGAGCUUCACGCAGAAGGAUCUUUGGUUAGAGUCGUUCUUAUUACUUACUGCUGGCUCCGACACAACCUCCGCCGCUAUGAGCAGCGCACUAUUUCUCCUAGGGCACAAUCCGGCUGCUCUUGCACGUCUAAGAGAAGAGCUUCGCUUGACGUUCUCGAACGAAGACGAAAUUCACAUGGGCCAACAGCUCAACUCAUGCAAAUUCCUUCAAGCAUGCAUCAACGAAUCAUUACGCCUAGUACCACCCAUUCCCAAUUCUCCUCCACGGGUAGUUCAAGACGGCGGAACCCAGAUCGACCAAGAGUUCAUUCCCGCCGGAACCACAGUCGGCACAUCUAUCUACACACUUCAGCGAAAUCCAAGAUACUUUACAGCUCCUGAUGAGUUCCACCCGGAGAGGUGGCUCACCGACUCGAGUACGACAGAGAGUAUCAAUGGUACCAGGGAAGGAUUUUGCCCGUUCGGGUAUGGGCCGCGGUCUUGUGUCGCUUGGAAACUCGCUUGGGUAGAAUUAAACGUGACUCUUGCGAGGGCGUUAUUCAGGUAUGAUAUGAGGCUAGCGCCUGAGUCGACAUGUUGCGGCGGCACACGGAAUGAUUGUCAACAUCCAUUCAAGGGCUUUGUUACUGCUGCUGUCGAAGGUCCUUGGAUGCAGUUUCGACCUAGUCGAAGUUGA